UUACUGUAUGAUUUUAAAUCACUACCUUUGUUAACAAUUUCUUCUGAAUCAAAUUUCAGGGCGAGGGGAGAUGUACGGACAAUAACGCCAUGGAAAGCUCCAAUCAUAUGGGAGGGGAUGUUUGACCAGCAUAUUUAUGACCAAAUGCAUAUUCAUCUGAAAUCGACGGUGGCAGUCACUGUGUUUGCUGUAGGCAGGUACCUGGAUGUUUAUCUCCGGAAAUUUCUUACAUCUGCAGAAGAGUAUUUCAUGGUGGCAUUACCAGUAAAAUACUACAUAUUUACAGACACACCAGAGAAGGUACCAGACAUUGAGCUAGCCCCUCAGCGAAGCCUGAAGGUGAUCCAGGUGGAGAAGCACUCUCGGUGGCAGGACAUCUCUAUGAUGCGUAUGCAGUCAAUAUCAGAAAUCAUAGAAUCAGAGAUUCGACACAAUUACCGAUAUGUCUUCUGUCUUGAUGUGGAUCAGGAGUUUAAAGGAAGAUUCGGCUCAGAGGCUCUGGGGGAUUCUGUGGCUAUGCUCCACGCCCUGUAUUACAAACGUCCAAAACACAAAUACACCUAUGACAAAAACCCCAAAUCCAGGGCAUACAUGAAAACAGGAGAUUACUAUUACCAUGCAGCUGUCUUUGGGGGAACAUGGGAAAAUGUAAAAAAUUUAACAGAUGCAUGCUUUGAGAACAUCUUGGCGGACAAAUUGAACAACGUGGAGGCCUUGUGGCAUGACGAGAGUCACCUCAACAAAUACUUCUACCUACACAAACCAACCAAGCUGCUCUCCCCUGAGUACUGCUGGUACGAGAAACUUUCAGAUAAGAACAUCCGCAUUACACGCUUGGUGUGGGCAACAAAGUAUUAUAACUCACUUCGUGAACCCUAGAUUUGCCGUCCAGCAAUGUUGCAUGAAAUUUUACUUUAUGUACCGUAUGCCCCAUUCAUGAAAAUGUCGGGUUUUGAGGAUAGACAAGGCCUCAAGUCAUUUGUUGGCUAUUAUAGAAGAACAAAUGUCAAAAAAAAAAAAAAAAAACGCUGGAUACAAGCUCAAACAGUGGAUAUC